AUGAUCCUUACACUCAAUACGUUGUCCAAGGUUUUUGCCUUGAUAUCUUUUAUUCUCAGCUCUCUGUGCCUGUUUGCUGGGACACAAGAUUCGAUUAUGCAGAACUCGAGCGUCAUGAUGCUGAAGCUGAAUCAAUUCAUGGGCCGACAGCUUGAUACGUCAGCCUCCGAGCCAAUAUCUGCGCUCACUCAAGCUGCAACGAACAGCCAAAACACAACAGCGGCCGAUCUGGGCCUCAAAGACUUCUAUGCUAUACACGUUUUGACGUACUGCGAAGGCAAUUUCAAAGAUUCUGGCAAUCAUGCCAUGGAAGUGACGAGCUGCUCGCGACGUCGGGCGCCAUUUGCAUUCAAUCCGGAAAAAGUGUUUUCGACAGAGUUCAAUGCUGGAUUCAAUAUAUCCGAUAUCAACUGGCCCGAUACCAUUAGUGAUGACUUUGAUGUCAUGGCGAUGACUACAAAGGCCAUGUCGGUGUUAUAUAUUAUAGGAAUGGCUGCGACCGGGAUCGCCUUCCUCAUGGAGAUUCUUCUGACGCAGGCUGGGGGGAAGCCAUCCAUGUUUGCGCAUUUGUUCUUCACUGUGCUUAGUUUUGUUUGCCUCGGGGUGUCAUCUUCGGUAGCCUCCGUCAUAGCGGUGCAAUUCGUUCACCUCAUCAACCGACACGGCGAGGACUAUGGAAUAGUUGCAAAGGGAGGUAGCAGCUUCCUUGGCAUGACAUGGUCUGCUGUUGUACUCUCGUUUCUCACUGUUGUUAUCAGUGUCAUAACGUUACCGUCUAGCGGCAGUAGCUCCGCGUCCUCUGAGAAAGAUAUGGAUGAAGUGUAG